AUGGGGCUCAUCUGGGCAAGCGGAGACGACCGCAACAGACUUGUUGACACCUUACGGGACACUUGUGAGCAGGACGAUGGCGUGAAAGGGUAUGGUUGGACAACCUACGACCCACGCGUGGGCGGCUCCCAGCUCAUACACGACCAAGAGCUUCAGAUUGAUCUCACCACUGAGUUCAUCAAGGCUGAGGAUGGUCAGGGCUGGUCCGCCAGAGUCACCGGCACACCUCGGCCAGGUGCUCCCGCCAACACCAAAACGACUCUCGUCUUCCACGUCGCCUUGGAAGGCAUGACUGGGUCGACAUCCAAGAGUCUGUACUGUGAACAUCUUAACAAGGGCACUGGGCAUUCGCUAGCUUUCGGCGCGUCUUGUCAUGGCCAGGACCCCAAGCUGGGGCCUUUUGAUCUCGUCGUCAGCACUGACAGCAGGGAGAACAUCAUCCACCGCACCGCUGUCAAGAGUGUUAAUAUUUCCGAGGACAAGAUAUGGCAGGCCAAGUCUGUCUUCACUGAUCUACUCAGGAAUGACGAUUCGCAAGACUACAGAAAGGUUGUGCCAUCUAGUAAUACUGGCGAAGGCAAUAUCCACUUCGUGCAUUACAAUUUCAUUGGCGCCUUCUCGGCAACAUUUAAUUAUCGCAACUCACCAAAUGUCACGAGACUAGACGAUUUGCGCGCGUCAUUUCCUGCGCAAGUCGACAAAGUGUUCCCCCGGUCUUCCGCUUUCCGUGAAGACAAAUUCGCAGUCUUUGCUCAAGGACUUCUGUCAAACCUCCUCGGUGGCCUAGGCUUCUUCCAUGGCGACAGCAAAGUUGCUUCGAAACUGCCCGAGUAUGAAGAGAAAGAAGUCGACUUCUGGAUGAAGGAAAAAGCGGCCAUGGCUCGCGCCGAGGUCACUACCACAGAACCGACCUCACUCUUCUCGUUCACACCCUCAAGAUCCGUUUUCCCUAGAGGUUUCCUGUGGGACGAGGGCUUCCAUCUACUGCCCGUCAUCGAAUGGGACAUCGAUCUGGCAGUCUCCGUUAUCCGAAGCUGGUUCAAGCAGAUGGAUGCCGAGGGUUGGAUCGCACGCGAACAGAUACUGGGGCCUGAGGCGCGCAACAAGGUACCGCCUCAGUUCCAGACCCAGUAUCCCCACCAUGCGAACCCUCCCACAAUGCUGGCGCUGGUCUUGCCUGCUCUGCUCAAGAAAGUGACGAAGCCCUCCACCUACUUCGGCCAUCCAUCAAAGUAUCUCGCCAGUGAUGAGGCAGGAAAAGCCCUGAUCAAAGAGCUGUAUCCCCUGUUUGACCGGCAUUUCUCGUGGUUCCGCCGCACGCAGGCCGGCGACCUGAACGCCUGGCCACGCCCAGAUGAACACGUGCUGGUCGAGAGCUACCGCUGGCGCGGCAGAACCCCCAAGCACACACUGACGAGCGGACUCGACGACUACCCCCGAGCGAACCCGCCCCACCCGGGCGAGCUGCACGUCGAUGCCCUUGCCUGGGUUGGUGCUUCCGCACGCGCCCUGAUGCAGGCGGCCCAGGCCCUUGGCGAUAAGAACGCUGCGGAUGUUCACCGGGAGCAGAUGGUGGCGGCCCAGCACAACCUUGACGCGCUGCACUGGGACGAGAACGAGAAAGCUUAUUGCGACGCAACGAUCAUGGGGCACGAUGCCACCGCGAAUUUCCAGCACGUGUGCCAUCAGGGCUAUGUCUCAUUAUUUCCGCUUCUCAUGGGGCUCAUGAAGGCAGACCAUCCGCACCUCCCAGCAGUGUUGGAUAUGCUGUCCGACCCACACAAGCUGUGGUCGCGGCAAGGCCUGCGAAGUCUCAGUUCUGAGGACCAUGGCUACAGGAAAGACGAGGACUAUUGGCGCGGAGCGGUGUGGAUGAACAUCAACGUGCUGGCCGUCCAGCGCCUGAGGGCUGUGGGUCUCGAGAGCCAUUUAAAGCCAGCAACAGCCGUCCAGGAGCGGGCCUUGACCCUCGCGGCGGACCUCAGGGACCGAGUGGUCAAGGCAGUGCAAAGGAGCUACCAGCAAACAGGGUUUGUGUGGGAGCAGUACGACGACAAGACGGGUAAGGGGAGGCAUAGUAGGGCGUUCACUGGCUGGACCGCGUGCGUGAUCAUGUUGAUGGGCCUUGAGUUCACGAGAGGGCAGGCCAUGGAAGAGGUCAUCGAACAUGUCUUCGAGGACCUGAGCCGGGACAUGGGCAUUUCCAUGAGAACGCCUCUCAUCUUGCUGGUGGCUGUCCUGUUGGUUGUGGCGUUCAGGCGAAAGGUGAUGGGCUUGAUUGCGUCUGUCGUCGAGUACUGGCAGGAACGGAAUGGAGGCAGGACGGCCAGGGGCAGGUAUGAGGCCGUUGAGCUGAACGACCACAAGCCGUGA